UAAUGCAGUUUUCAAUGAUCCUAUUCGUUGUUUUAGCCGGUUGUACUCAUUUGAUGUACGGAAAUCAAAACAUAUCCUUUAGUAAUUUAACAAAAAUAGUUUCUCAACUUAAUUUAAUCGAUAAAGAAAACCCCGAAAUCAAAGUACUAAAUUCUUUGGUUAAUGAAAUCAUCAACAAGUACUUGAACAGUUGUCAUGUGAAUAUAAUUUAUGACGACCUAUUUGAUACUGAUUUGUAUUACAAGGAUGUUCUGCAAACAAUGUUGCAAUCGUUAGAUACGAUAUCGUACAAGCUCUUUCAUGUUUAUGAAUAUUCAUCAAAAAGGACUAGAGUUUCGGAGUCUAGAUGCGUAAAUUAUAUAAUAUUUUGUCAAGAUCCUGAGAUCACUGCAACUAGGUUUGGCCACGCGAUUGAUAGCAGAGUAUUCAUAGUGACAAUUGGAUCCAAAUGGCAAAUACAAGAAUUUUUCAAAAGCCCAGCAUCCCAAAAUAUUAUGAACUUAUUGAUUGCUUCCGCCGGACCAGCCUUACAGGAAAAAAACAAAAACGAAGUAGCUGAUAUCAAAUUAUAUACACAUGAAAUGUACAUAGAUGGCUUAGGAAGUAGCGGCCAAAUAAUUUUAACCACGUGGAAACUGAAUAAAUUUACGAGACCGGAGGUUGACUUGUACCCGGUCAAAUUAGUUAAUGGAUUUCGGGGACAUCGAUUUAUUUUGUCUGCCAUUGAAAACCCGCCAUUAGUGUUUCGGAGUCCAUUGAGCGUCGACAAAGUUUUGACUCCAGAACAAUCCACGUUGUGGGACGGAGUCGAAAUUCGAUUGUUACAAUUAAUUGCGGGAGUAUUGAAUUUUACAUUGGGGAUACACGAUGCAACUUUUUCAAAACUCGGAGAUGAAGCUGACGAUCGGAUCAUUGGAGAUCUAGUGGCCUCCAAAGCUGAUCUCGGAAUUUCAGGUUUAUAUAUGACCAACGCUCGUUAUUCGUUGGUCGAUUUUUCUCCUGUUAUCUUGCAAGAUUGUGGGACAUUCAUAUCUUUGGGAUCAUUUGCUUUGUCCAAGUAUAGGGCGAUAUUCGGUCCAUUUCAUUGGAGCAUUUGGGUUAUGGUGGUGAUCACUUAUAUGGUGGCUAUAUUUCCCAUAGCGUUCACAAAUAACCGUAAUGUGGGAACGCUGUGCAAGAGUCCCAAACAACUGGAAAGCAUGUGCUGUUAUAUGUUUGGGACAUACACGAAUCUGUUCACAUUUAAGGGCGUCAAGUCUUGGACCAAUACCAAAAUGGGAUCAACCAGACUCUUUAUUGGAACGUAUUGGAUUUUUACGAUUAUUAUUACGACGGCCUACACUAGUUCGAUAAUAGCAUUCAUAACAUUACCUGAACAACCGGUGAUAGUGGAUACAUCAUACCAAUUGGUUGAUCAAGGCUACAGAGUAAUGACAUUAGAUAAGGGUGGUUGGCAACAUUAUUUAAAUAUUACCAAUGAUACAAUGUCUAAAAGGUUAUUGUCAAAUAUAAAGCUUAUGAAGAAUUUAGAGGAUGCAAUAGAUUACAUUGUCAGAACCAGGUUUAUAUUAGACUAUGCAUUUCUGGGUUCUAAAAUUUCACUUACUUAUUUAUCCCAAAACAACUUCAUUCAAAAAUACAAAAACAAGAAAAUAUUCCUUCAUGUUGCUUCAGAGUGUUAUGUUCCAUUUAAUAUUGGUAUAGCCUAUAAAAAAAAUUUUGUAUUUCGUAACAAAUUUAGCAACUUCAUACUCCGAGCACAACAGAGUGGUUUAGUAACCAAAAUAAUUAAAGAUAUUGAAUGGGAAAUCGCACAAAAGUCUGGAGUUAGAAACCCAAACUUAAUAAUUGCUCCUGAAGACCGUCAACUUGCAUUGGAUGAUGUCCAGGGCAUGUUUGUACUAUUAGGAGGAGGCGUAUUGCUGGCUGCUUUUACAUUGUCAAUUGAAUUUGUGAAACGCAAAAGAGAAAAUAGAAAAAUUGCACAAAUCAAAAUUGAAAAGCAUUUGAAGAAAAGAAAGCGCUCUAAAUCCUUAAGUGUCAGGGGAAGUACUACAGCUGAGCCUUUUAGACCAUUAACUGCAUUUUAA